AUGGAGCGACCGGCGUUCUCGCUGCUCGUGGUCCUGUCGUAUGCGUCGCUCCUGUGGAUCCUCGGCAACGCGCAGAUCACGGCUGCUGCGGCGAUGCCGCCCGUUAGAUGCGCUAAUGGAUCCACUAUUGGCAUGUGCACGAUUAAUAACGCGUACGGCGUCAACAUGGACGGGAGGCCCUGCCAGCUGGGUAGGGUGUUCUACCCACGGACUGAGGACGAAUUGAUCAGUGCUGUGGCCUAUGCAAGCCAGAACCACCUUCAGGUGAAGGUGGCGAGUGCAACGGUGCACACCAUACCCAAGUGGUUCUGCCCUGGCGGAAACUCUGGGGUUUCCAUUAUCACGCGUGACUAUAAUGGGAUCUCCAUUGACAGGGAUGCCAUGACAGCCACUGUGGAUGCAGGAGUCAUGCUGGAUGAUUUCUUUGCAUACUUGGCGGAUCACAACCUCACCUUCCCCACCGCUCCCUACUGGGCAGGUGCCUCCGUAAUCGGUGCCAUAGGCACUGGUUCCCACGGCAGCACACUGCAAUUCAAAGGAGGCCGCAUGGGAGAAUACGUGCGGGGGGUGCGAGUGGUGGUGGCAGGGGAUGAGGCGAGUGGGUGGGUGGGGGUGAGGGAGGUGAGCGGAGGAGAUGAGCUGCUGGCUGCUCGCCUGCACCUGGGGCUGCUGGGAGCCAUUUCCAAGAUGACCCUCGAGGUCUACCCCAUGUGGAAACGCGAAGUCACUUAUUACAACACCAGUGAUGCGAAUCUGGAAAACGAGAUUCUCCCAUUCGCGCUCAACACAACCUUCCCGGAUCUCAACUGGUACCCGGCCGCCCGGAGUGUGUUUUGGCGGAGGGACAACAUGGUGCCUGUCUCCCGCCCCGGCACCGGCUCCUACGCCCUGCCCAUCUUCCGAGGCCAGUUUGACUACAUCUGGACCGCCCUCGCUGCUCUCGACCAUCGCACGCAGACCUCUACCAACGAGCAGGACAUCUGCAACCUGUGGCAGACCGUGCAGGUGCCCGUUCUCCUGAAUUUGGGGGGCGGCUUCACCAACGAUGGCACCCUCUUCAGGGGCUUCCCCGUUGUGGGCUACCACAACCGUUUCCAGACAUCCUCAGGCUGCGAGGACGCGGGUCGCACUCCCUUGGGGCGCCAGGUGUGCCCGUGGGACCCGCGGAUCAACGGCAUUCGCUUCUAUGAAACCACCUUCCUCAUCCCGCUCACCAAACUGAAAGAGUUCAUCCUUACCAUCAAGGAGCUGGCAUCAGUGCGCCGUCUCGGCUUCUGCGGGCUGGCAAACUACGGGGGGGUCUUCUUCCGCUUCAUCCGGGGUUCCGACACUCUGUUGAGCACAACAGAGGACUCUGUGAUGGUUGAUAUUCAGUACUACCGCAGUGACGACCCCUCCCAGCCACGCACCAGCCAGGAUGUGACGGAUGAGUACGAGCAGAUCAUAGGGAAGAUGUUCAACGGCAAGCCCCAUUGGGGAAAGAACAAGGAUGUUUCCUUCAUUGAUGUCCCCAGCAAGUACCCCCACCUCCCUCGCUUCCUCAAAGUCAGAGAGGCGUUUGAUCCAAGGGGUCUCUUCUUGAACGAGUGGGCGAAGCGUGUGCUGGGCCUGUCACAGCAGCCGGUGCAGGUGUACGGCGAUCAGUGCGCCAUGAGGGGCCUCUGCCACUGCGCUGCUGACGUGCACUGCAACCCUGCCCUCGGAUCUUACUGCAGGCGUGGACUGAUCUACACGAAUGCUACGGUGUGCAAAACAGAUUCAUCUGAGUAG